UAUGGUAAGCCCCUGUCGGAAUUUUCUCUGUUGACUGCGCCACUGGCGGGGGAGAGCAAACUUCGGGAGGCUCUACGGGUGCCUGUGACCGCUGCACAAUCAACUUUCCAGAGCGUGGAAACUAAGGAUAUUAAGCAGGAAGAUCCUCCUGAGUUAGUGGACGUGUGCAGCGUUUCUGACGACGAGGCUGUGAAGGAUCGCCUCGCGUGUGACUCCUCCACAUCCACAACCAUCGCGCCUCCAGCAACUAAGAAACCAGACCAACUUUCCGUAGCAUCAUCGUCCACUGCGCUAAGGGAGGUCCGUGCAUUUGGAAAAAUUCUGCCAUCCUCGACAUCGUUCAAAUCAGCGCGGGGCUCUUCAGGAGCUAUCACAAGGAGUGUGUCCCCACCACCCAUCCAAUCCCCAUUGGGGGGAACUUCAACCCGUCCAAGUUCCCUUCCGCCAGAUGUCAAUUGCCUCACCUCGAACUCAACUCAAAGUCUCCCGGUUCAACGACCUAACAGCACCCAAACGACUUCAGCUCAACGACCUAACCGCACUCAAACGCCCCCGGUUCAACGACCUAACAGCACUCAAACGCCCUCGGCUCAACGACCUAACAGCACUCAAACGCCAUUGGCUCAACAUCCUAACUACAAUCAAGAGCCUCGAGCCACCGAACACUUCCACAACAGCCACGUGGUGGUGCCUCAGGUUGUGCAGGUUCCGAUCCCAAGACGGUACGCUGCCAUCAGCACUCCUCAGUAUCUUCCUCCUGUCAACGUGGUUUCGUCUCAUCGAAAUUCUUAUGAGACUCAAGAAUCCUUCGGAUAUCCUAGACCUGGAUACCCAGAUCGUCGUAGGAGCAUAGGCGAUAGCCCGUACGUUCAGGAAGGGUUCUACAGACAAGGUUCAUUAAUUCCUAGCAGAACCCCAGGCGUUCGAGCGGCCGAUGACCACAUCAAAGUGGACUACGAACUUCGGCGUAACGCCAACGCAUACAAAGAUCGGUCUUCUGCUUCUUCGGUGAAAGUUGUAAAUGUCGAUCAUUUAAAAACAGACCAAUCACUGAUGAGAAGAUCAAAUUCCUUUUCGUCGCGAAAUGGCUGGCCAUCGAGCUACAGCCAAAGCACAUCCAUCGAAAGGCUACGUUAUGCCACAGCCUGUUCAAUUACUCCCAUCUGCACCACAAAAAUUUCCACCCCUAAAGUCCAAAAAGUCUACACGAAGAAUAUGACUGUGAGGAACAUGUCAGCUGAGACUGGUGUGGAAAUUAUUCAAGUAGAUGAAUCUCCCCGUCCCAUGCCACCUACACCCACGGAUGAAACGAGUUCUAAUUCUUCUUCUAGCUUUCCAGUGCCAGAUUCAAGCGUUCGUCGGCAGAACACAAAUCUUGAGGAGAGGCCCGUAAUUUCGGCCUCUCAAUCCACGAGUCCACAGUCUUCUGAUUCUGUUUACUCAUGGCGACCUUUGGAGGUUGAUGAAAGCAGGGCUGAGUUCAGUGAAAACAGCGGAAGCAGUCCAGAAGGUGUUACGAAUGAUCCUCUUUUAACCAAAAUUUCAUCGACGAAAAGAAGAAGGGUUAGAGGACCAAGAUCUUGGGAGUAUCUCUUACGUCUCCUACGGGAUCCAAGCACUAAUCCUUCCCUAAUCCGCUGGGAGAACGAGAGUGAAGGGAUAUUCCGGCUUGUAAAACCGGAUGCCAUUGCCUUGCGAUGGGGUAAAAGGACAGGCAAGCAUUUCACAGAAAUGCUGAGCUACGAGAACUUCGCUCGGGGUUUGAGGUAUCAUUACGUUACAGGUGCGCUGUCUGCCGUCUCUGAGAGGUGUUUUGUAUACAAGUUUGGACCGAAGGCUGAACACGCGCUCCAAUAUCCUGAGAGAAUUAGUGACAACAUAGUCGGUACUCACUCUGAUGAAUCCAACAACUGAGUUGCGCUUAACUUCUGCAAUUGAGCUCAUUAGAGCCUUCGAGUAUCUUUUUCAUGCAUAUCUUGUAUACAUGUUCUAAUGGUUUAGUUAUAAUUUCGAUGAAGCUUCCUACUCACUGCCUUCGGAUGAUUCUUGAUAGGAGCAAAUUGAGUUAUCAAACUUCUUAAGUCGUUUAAAUGUUACUAUUUUGAAUCGAAAGAGCCCUACCCAAGUUCCUGAUAGUAUUUUGGAAACGCUCAAGGUACUAACACGCUUUCCAUUCCACGAAUGUAGUAAAAAAAUACACUCGAUUUAAUAUAAAAAUGCGGAUAAACCCAUACAUCGGAUUCUCUUUCGGAUUGAGGUACUUGUGGAAAGAAAUGCAGUACAGAAAUACCGUGAACUUUAAAAUAUGUUAUUUGCCAUUUACAAUGUGAUCUGUAAUUAUAAUAUUUGUAGUGUUUUGCAACACUCUUUAGCUUUAAGGACUUCAAUCUCAAUUGAUAACUUGUACGAGCACCUAAAACAUAAAUAGCCUUAUUUUAUAACCGUUCUUAUCGACAUUCUACAUAAUGGUAUUCAAGUUAGACUUCUUAAUUGUUCUCCUCUUCUUCUCGUUGCCUUAUUUUUAUCAAAGCGCAGUCGUUUGCUUUGCCUUUUGCAGAAUUGUGACGGGCAUUAUAUUUUAUGACCAAUAUUAUAUACAUAUCUUUUAGUGAGUGUAGUUAGGCAAAAGUUCUUCAUUUAUGACGGGCGUUGAAAUUAUUCUCGGAUUAAUUUAAUUUUCGAUUUUGAACCGUCUCUACGAUACUUUUUGUAUGUACUUAUGUCAUGUUCAAAUUUCAAUUGUAACAUGAUUGUAAUAACUCUUCACCUACUUGAUUAUGAUUAUUGACUACUCGAAACUUCGUACAUAUUCCAGUAAAAUGUCAUUUGGUAAUCUGCUUUUUGAUCUCCAAGCACCAGCAAAAAAUUUCGUUCGGCUUUUUGAAAAAAGUAACAAGAAAUUUGAUAAUAGAAAGUAUGCUCUUGUCUUCAAUCAAAUCUGCAUAUCUUCUUUAGUACACAAUAAUAUAUAAGCGAAUUUCCGAAAGAUUUUUAGCUUUUGGAACACAAUUCAUGUUUUAAUGUGUGCAAAAUUCUUAUAUGGCUUAUCGUGAAACGUACGAGGCUUCUGCUUCUAAGGUCAAAACUUGUGAAACCUGUGAACCUCGGUUAAAGAUUAAAAUUCUGUUUUUGAAUUUACUAAUUUCACAUCUAAAAUUCAUUUAAUUUUUCUGUAAUUGUAAUUCUCUCGCUUAAUUUUGUUGCUAUGUCAUAACAGUAUAAUAAGAUAAUACGCAUUUAUC